AUGAAGGGAGCAGUCAUCUCAGUGUUGGUUGUGCUAGCCAUGGUUCAAUUCAUGGUGAAGCCAGGGGAGGCCGUCACCUGUGCUGAUGUGAACUCAGACUUGGCCCCCUGCGUUAGUUUCCUUACUGGAAAGGGAGGUGGCGUUCCUACGCCGCUAUGUUGUUCCGGGGUGUCCAAAUUGAAGGACAGCGCUCCAACCGUUGCUGAUAAGCGUGCUGCAUGUGAUUGUGUCAAGCAAGCUGCCACUCGCAUCCCAGAUAUAAAGGAGGAUGCUGCCUCCUCUCUCCCUACAAAGUGCAACGUUCAAUUGGAUAUUCCCAUCUCCAAGAACUUCAACUGCGCAGAGUAA